AUGGCCCUUACGCCAGUGCUAAUCGCUGCGGUCCUCCUGGUCAUGUUCUCCAUACACCGGCUCGUUUUACCAGUGGUCGUGUGGUUCCUUCCAAGCCUGGAAUCUUUCUUUUACGAACUCGCAGUUUUCGGCGUAUACCGUGAAGCCAAGUACGUUACAUUGGACGUACGAGUACCUCAUGGAAACAUGGUCAAAUGGGACGACUCGUGUGACGACGGCCUGGUCUUCUUCGCUCCAUUCGGCGCUUCUGUCAAGCGGCCAGGACCGAUCAUCUUUGACGCAAAAGGAGAGCUAGUAUGGGCGAGCGAAUCCUUCGAGACAGUGAUGAACUUCAACGCUCAGAAGUACAAAGGAAAGACCUACCUGACCUUCUGGGCUGGAGAAAAAUCUGGUGGAGAAGGCUCAGGUACUGCCUUCAUGCUUGGCUCAAGCUACAAUGUUUGGAAGCAGAUUCGUGCGGUUGGUAAAGAGCUGCGAACUGACCUGCAUGAAUUCGCCAUUUCCGACGACGGACCUGCACUCGUUUCGGCCAUUGAGGACACUUUCGUCGACGCGAGGCUUCCAAGCUGGUGGUUCUUCCGCGAGGGCCAGUGGAUUGAGGAUAGUGUAUUCCAGGAGAUCGACAUCGAGACGGAUGAACUGGUCUUCCAGUGGAGAUCGCAAGAUCACUUCCGGCCUGAGGAUUCGUACUUUUGGAGUCCCUUUGCCGGCUACGUUCGAAGCCUCCCUUUCGACUUCUUCCAUCUCAAUAGCGUUCAGAAAGACUCCAAAGGGAGCUUUUUGGUCUCCUCGCGGCAUCUGCACAAGAUCAUGUACGUGAAUGGAACCACUGGCGAAGUUUUGUGGACUUUGGGGGGAGCACAGAACGUAAAAGGGCUGACGGACCUCUCGGGCGGACUGGCUAGUAGCUUUGAGUGGCAGCAUCAUGCUCGAUGGCAGUCUGAAGACGAAGGCAUCUUGACCCUCAUGGACAACGGUGCCGCCGGUGGCUUCCGUGGAACUGCCCAAUACAGCAAGGCUCUGAUGAUCAAGGUAGACCAUGCCAAUCGGACCGCCGAGCUUUUGCAUUGGUAUGCUCCAAUGGGCAAGACGAGGUCUCGAUCGCAAGGCUCGGUGGAGGUGCUCCCGAAUGGCAAUGUUUUCGUGGGCUGGGGUCCGGCGGCAGCAUGGUCAGAGUACAAUGUUGAAGGUGACCUGCUGUGUGAGUAUCACUUCGCAGCCUCGUCGAUGUUUUACUGGGCUCGCGUAAAGAGUUACAGGACAUUCAAGGUGUAUGACUGGAAGGGAGAACCUGACUACCCACCCACUGCCAAGAUAAAGGACGGCAAGGUGUAUGUGAGCUGGAACGGUGCAACCGAGGUGAAGUUCUGGAAGCUCCAAGGCGUAUAUGUUGACCAAUCUACGAUGAAGGAAGUUGAAGAUGACAUCGAGAUAUACGAGAAGAGAGGGUUCGAAUCGGCACUCAUCCUUCCCAAGUCUUCCAAGUAUGGGCAUUUCAGAGUGGCGGCACUGGACGCCAACCAGGAGACAAUCCGGACCUCGAGAAGAGCCGGAGAGGUGGAAAGCGACGGUUCCAAAGCCCACGUCUACAUCGGCAUGUUGAUUGUCAUUGCAGCCGCGAUCGGUGUCUGGUUUCUUUUGAAGCGAUGGGUCUGGCAGUCCGCACGUGGCCAGAACUGCAGGGAAAUGAGCUUGCCGAUACCAUUGGCCCGAUACCGCUACAACGUCGCGGGGGCCGAGUCGGUCCUGUCAGACUCAGAAGCAGACGUGCACUCGGUCUACGAUGAUUCUGACUUCGAGGACGAGGCCAUCUCAGCGGCUCCAGGACACUACAAGCGACACAGCAUCUCUCGAGUGCUUAUAAGGCAUCCUCGUCAACGCGCGACCAGCGACGCUAAGUCUCAGCAAGCAGACGAGGAGCGAGUACGAAGGGUUUCUUCAGGCGCUCCCACUUCGUACGUACCCUUGAGCAUACAACCAUCUCAGGCUGAAGACACUGCUCCUGUACUCGAUGCUGGACCCGUCAUCAAGCCGCCGCCCGACUAUGCGGCCGCGACUGCGAAUCAUGAGGAGGAAGAGCGACGAGCUCUGGCGCUCCGAGCACUGGGUUAUCGCGACGUCGAGGAUUUUCUAAUUCGGACCCGAGCGGAUGCGUUCGACAGUGCGCAUCCACUGGUUAGGAAUGGCCUCUUGGGCGAGCGCGGCACAUCCGACACUCGGCAGGAAGCCGCUGAAAGUGCUGGCGACUCGCACGAGUCUGCCUCUUCAUCUUCCGACCUCUACGAUCGAGAAAGAGGCGAGGCGACCUCACUCAUCAGUGAGAAGCCUACAGGACGACAGAACGAAGAGCGGCCAUGGAAGAUUCGAGAUCUUCUACGCCAGCACUGGUGCGUUGUCAUCAUGGGUGUCGUCACCAUGUGCGCCGUCCUUUCGACGGCGCUGCUUGCAAGAGCUUCGCAGCGACCGCAAACUGUCGACGAAGAGCCGUCGGCGUUCUCGCCAUCCGAACAGACUGAGCCUCAGCUACCACAUCCCCGAGUCGUCGGCUGCAAAUGGUCUAACUUCCAGUCUACAUCGGCAGAAUUCCCUUGGUACACUAAGGACGGCGAACUAGGCACGUGGAACCCUUUCAACCUCUCCUUCGUUGAGGAUAUUCCCGAAUUGCCUCGAAACAUACGAUUUUCUGGCAGCAUCACAAUCACGGAGAAGGACGAUUUCAAGGUGUCUGAGUCUCAGUUAUUGGUUGAUGUCGCCACCACCCACGGCUUGAAAGUCCCCAACAUCGACUACCGAAGCCCGACCCCCGGAGCAUUGGAGCUUCUCCAACCACACUUUAAGAUGCAGGCCACCCAAGGCUGUAUGGAUGUCGCGAUCCGCAUCACUGUACCUUUCAGGUAUUUCGACCUGGAUACUGUGAUCGUGAAUACCACGCACUUCGACAUCAUCUUCGAGGAACUGGAAACCUUCAAGCCAAAGUACGACCCGUGGACAGACGACUGGACAAGCGGCUGCGAUCUUUGGAAUACCACUUUCCACUCCUCUCGUGGCAACAUCACAGGUCAUGGCUGGGAGUCACAAAACACGGUUGUCACCACUGGCGAAGACGGCUCGAUUUUUGGAACUUGGCCUAUGAAGGAUGAGCUUACACUGAAGUCCAAACGCGGCGAUAUCAUAGUCGGAGUCGCGCCGCAGAACCGAUCUACAGAUAGAGAUGAGGACCCUUUCCCUUGGUUUCGGGCCAAUCAGCCCACCGCGAAACUAUCCUUCGGCACAGAGAGCGGCAACAUACAGACCGAGAUCAUCCGAAGUGAAGGCCAGGCGAAGGUCCCCAACAGGGAAUUUGUCGUCGAUGUACAGUCCACAAGCGGAGACGUUGAAGGCGUCUACUUACUGGGCACUAACACUUCAAUCAAGACUGGAUCUGGAGACAUGAACAUCCGGCUGGUUCCUGUAUACUCCAAUCAGACAUACCUCGCGUUCAAUGCUGAGACGACAGGAAAUAAAACAAGCUAUGUCUGGCUCAUGGAACCCAUCAUCUUUCUUCCUGACGCCAGGGAACCCAUAUCAGCGGCAGAAUCGCCUGCCGAAACGAAGAAGUGUCUGAAUGUCCUCCACAUGCAGCACUUGAUGCAGGGUGGCUGGUUGCAGUACACCCUCCCGGAUGUCUGGGGCGGAACGGCUCACUUGAGAUCCCAUACCAUCCAGGAGACGAUAUACAACCGUGACUUUCUUCAUGUCCUCGAGAACAGGACGGAUUUCAUGUCCCUCCGUCGGGAUGGAGGCAAUGCUUCCUUGGACCUGGAAAGUGUAGAGGGCGGGAUAUACCUGGAUUACUACGAAUGA